AUGACGGCGUGGGAGGAGGAAGCAGCCGCUGGCGGCAAAAGUCAGAUGCCGAAAACGAAAACAAUUUAUGGGUUGAGCACUCAAAUGGAACAUUUUUUUUUCGUUUGGUUUCAUUUUCCUCUUUCAGUAUGUGCGGCGGUGAAGAUUACGAGCCUUAAAGUGCCCUCCACAUAUCUGCUGGACAAAAAUUCCAAGAAUCCUGACCCGCUGAUACUGGACUGUGAGUACGAUGUGGACGAAAACGAGAAAGGAUUCGUGCUGAAGUGGUUCCUGGACGGACAGCCGGUGUACCAAUGGAUACCGACGAAAAACCCUUUUCCAUUUCAAUCUUUCAAAAACCGGGUGGACACCAGCUACGUAGUGUCACAGGAGCGCUUACACAAACACCGGGCGAUGGCUAUCAUCAAGCCGCUGGCCAACUUCACCGGCGAGUACGCCUGCAUGGUGCAAACGUUCGCUUCGAUAGACCGGAAAUCGGCCAAGCUGAAAAUCAUCGUUCAGGAGUCAAAGUUUGAUCUCAACUACUACCUGAACGGGGACGGUUACAUAACGGUUGAUUGCCACGCACGGGACAUUUCACCAGAGCCAGAGCUGCAGAUUCGAAUCAACGAUAAAAUAUUCGAAACGCCAAAGCCGAGGUCCGUGCUGGGUGAGAAUAAUUUGUACAACGUGUCCAUCAGCGGCAGCAUACCGAAGGAGGAGCUCGAAAGCCCCACCAUGAUCGAGUGCUACCUCACGGUGCCGGAGACGAACUACACCAAGAAGCGUUCGACGAUUUAUUACGAAUCGCAUCUGAGAACCACUACCAGCACAGUAGCGACCACAACGAUCGUUGGCAUGCUACAAGCGGCUCCGGAAAACCUCCAGAAAAAGGAACUGAACGCCACCGAUGGCAACAGUGCCACCGCCCUGCCGGACCAGAUGCGGACCACGUCCGGCCUAAUAGUGACCUUGGUGACCAUUUUACUCAUCUUCACGUCGACGCUUUUGUAGACGAACUUUAAGCAGUACACCGAGGGCGAGAUUCGUGAUCGAUAUUUGCAUAUACAUUUUGUCCAACAUAGAUAAGCAACAAGACACUCUUUCAAAAGAUGGGCGUUCGCGCUCGCGCUGUGGCUGCAUAUUCCGAUGCAGAGCUGGAAUGUGGAUAUCGAACUUCCUGAAUGUGUGAUGUGAAAUGUGAGUGUUUGUGACAAGUAAACGAAACGUCUGUUAGGAAGUGCAAAAAAGAUGUGUGUAGAUAUCGUAGAGGAUUCGCGUCGUGUUGUGUUGCACAGAACUAGGAUGGAUAGAGAGUAAGUCAGGCCGGGCCUAUGCAUAGUCCAAAGAUAAGAAGCAUGCUUACGGGUGGGGAAGGGAUUUGCGUUUCGAAUGUUGUUUUGUAGACAGAGUUCAUUUGAAUCAAUUGAAAAAAUGUCUGAAAAUAUUUCCAAUAUUUUAACUCACAACACAGUUUACUGUUACUUCCUCUCUUCUCUAUUCAUUUAUUUUUUUCUCACAUCUGUUUCUCUACUUAUCUUUCAUUAUUUCUUACGCUUCUGGGUCUCCUUUCAAUUCCACAGUUUAAAAUGAGAUAUGCAAUCAAAGUGACAGAAAUGUCUAUACAAACUCAAUUUCAGUUAAAAAAUGUCCCUUCUAUAACUGACAUUCGAAACAAAAGUCCCCUUCUUUAGAUAAAAGAAACUCAAUCUUAAGAUAUUCCAAAAGCAUGUAAAUCAGCCAACCAAAGCUCUGUCUUCUGUAGUCGUACAUGUAAGUGUUGAAUUGUGCUAAUUUUUCUUUCCGAACGAUUACCAUGUAGUGUUUAAGUUUAUUGCAGUCAUUGUUUAAACGUCACUUGUAAGAUUUCACUGUUCGUUUUCAACCCUUGAUACCAAAGCUACGCACUAGGAAGUAACUCUAUUCCCCCGAUACCAAAAAAAUACACUACCAAAUAUAAGGAAAACAACACUCAAAGGGUACGAAAAGCUAAAUAGUCAUUCGAAAGUAAGUAGUUGAAUGUUUUUUAUAUAGAUUUUUUAUAUUUGUACAACGGAACUCAUCUCAUCAAUCUGUCUUACCACCAGAGGAGGUCUGUUUUUAGGUGUUACUAACCAAACGACAACACUCAUUCUCGGAGCGCGCGUAACGAAUGCAUACAUGAGGAGAAAACGACAACUGACAUAUACAGAAAAAAUAUGUGGACGAAAAACACAAUUAUGAAAGUAUUUUAUGAUGGAAGGAAAAAUAUGAUGCCUUAUGAACUAUAUAUUAACGACAAGUUUUUUAUGCCACUCGAGCAUUGCGAGCCGGGAUAAAAUGCAUGAACGAUAUUACCAAAAAAAUGAUUACUAUUUAGGUAAGGCGCGCGCUGAUAAUUUUCAAAAAAUUGUCACGCUCAGUGUUCUAAAUCGAUGCGGAAAAAAGAGAAGAGGAUACAUUACUAACUUGAAGAACAAAAAACAUAUGCAACUAUAUAUAGUCAUAAAUUUAUAUAUUUAAAACUUUAGAAUAAGCCUGAAGUCGAAAUGAAGAAAAAAAAAGUCACAUUUAGCGAAUCGCCUGUUCAAUCGGAAGAAAAAAAACGCAGCCAGUUCUAGAUAUGUAAAACCAAAGUAAAAAUCACUUAUUUUUUCGGUUUUUGUACAGAGACAGCAGAGGAACAAACCAUUUGUCGGAAAUAAACAAAGAAACGAUACUCGAGAUAAGCUGA